CCGUGGGUGGGACCACAGGAGUCAACAUUGUCAACAUUUCUCGUCGAUCAGCUGUAUUCGUUGGCUGUAUUGCAAGGCGAAUUUGUGCACGAGAGAGAACACCGAUGUUGUCCAGUUUGUUAAAGGAACACCAGCAGCGACAGCAUGUGCGCCGGGAAGAUCAAGAGGCAAAGAAAAAAGAAGCAAUAGCUGCGUCCAAUGCUCUCACAACCGCCAUGGUCGAUCAUCUAAACGUUGGGGUUGCCCAAGCCUACCUGAAUCAAAAGAAGCUCGAUGCAGAGGUCAAGCAGCUGCAUUCAAAUGCCGCCAACUUUGCGAAGCAAACCACCAACUGGCUCCACCUUGUGGACAACUUCAAUCACGCCUUGAAGGAGCUGGGGGACAUAGAGAACUGGGCCAAGAGCAUAGAGGCAGACAUGCGGACUGUCUCAAGCGCCCUGGAGUAUGCCUACAAAGUGGGCCAAGAAGGAUCAUGAUCUGGUCACCAAUGCAAAGACAAGGGACAAACAAAGAUCUAGGAUGUACAUAUUUAUGCUUUCAAAUAAAGAGUCACCAAGGAAUGAAGGUCCUCUUCCCCUUGAUCAAGAGGCAGAGCCGACCUGACUGACUUUUCUACAGUGCUACCCGUCAAGUU